CAACCAAAAACAAUUAAUUAAUUGUCCUAAAAUUUAAUAUCAUUUUCAGUGGACCUCUGCCAUUGACAUGACCUGACUCCGAUCUACAACUGUUUGACUUGGAAACAAUUAUGCAGAGAACCUCACAAUUUACACAAGCUGAUUUACCCUUUGAUUCACUCCAACUUUUUUUACAUAUUCAUCUCCAGCUACAUGUCAAUGGAGCAACCUGUGAAUCAAUCAUCUUCAACCCAUCAAGUGUUGUUGAGUUUUAGAGCACAAGACACUUGCAUGGCUUUCACUGAUCACCUUUACAGUGCAUUAGUUCAAGCUGGCAUUCAAACACUCAAAGACACAACAAGAAUAGAGCAAGCAAUCCGAGAGUCCAAGGUUUCACUGAUUGUCUUAUCCCAAGGAUAUGCCUUGUCUCAAUCAUGUCUUGACCAGCUUGAUAUGAUUAUGAAGCAAAAGGAGAAAUUGGAUCGUACGGUUGUACCAGUGUUCUAUGAUGUGGAUCCUUCUGAUGUUAGGAAACAGAAGGGAAGGAUUGGGGAAGCAUUAGCUUUGCAUGAAAAAGACUUGAAACUAGAAAGCAGUGGAAGGGAAAGGGUUGAAAGAUGGAGGGAAGCACUUGCUAAAGUUGCUGACUUGGGGGGAAUGGUCUUACAGAAUCAAGAUGAUGGGCAUGAGUCGAAAUUUAUUCGAAAGAUUGUUAAUGUGGUCACAAAUAGAAUAAGUCGGACAGAAUUGUAUCUUGCACCUCACCUAAUUGGCAUAGAACGCCGGGUUAAACAUAUUAACUCGUGGCUGCAAGAUGGAUCAAUUGAUGUAGGCCUAUUGGUUGUCUGCGGGAUGGGUGGCAUAGGGAAGACCACCCUGGCCAAAUUCAUCUACAGUUCAAACUUUCAUGUUUUUGAAGGCAGCAGUUGUGUUCUUAACAUUAGAGAAGUUUCCAAGCAACCUAAUGGUUUAGUUAAGUUGCAGAAGCAAAUACUUUCUGACAUUCUAAAAAGAGAGAAGGAAAGAGUAUCAUGUGUUGAUGAAGGAAUUGUAAAGAUUUCGGAUGCCGUAAGUGCAAAAAGAGUCCUACUUGUUCUUGAUGAUCUGGAUGACUCUGAUCAAGUAAACGCAAUUUUUGGGAUGAAAAGUUCAUUUUACCCAGGAAGUAAAAUAAUCAUAACAACCCGACAGCAGCGUAUUCUAACUCCUCGCCUAGUUGACAAGGUGUAUCGCGUUGAGACACUAAGCAGUGAUGAAUCCUUAGAGCUCUUCAGUUGGUAUACCUUCGGAAAACCACAUCCUGUAGAGGGUUUUCUUAAGUAUUCAAAUGAAGUAGUGGAACGGUGUGGAGGAAUUCCACUUGCACUGAGAGUUUUGGGUUCUUCCCUGGCAGGACAAAAUCUUGAUGUAUGGCAAAGUACAAUAGAAAAGUUGAAAGUUGUUCCUAAUAAUCGGAUUAUUGAACUGCUCAAAAUCAGUUAUGAAUCUCUAGAAGAUGAUGAUAGGAGUCUAUUCCUUCAUAUAGCUUGUUUCUUUGUCUGGGAGGAUAAAGAUUUUGCUGUCAAAAUACUAGAUAAAUGUGAACUUUUCACUAUAGUGGGGAUCCAGAACCUUAUUGAUAGAGAUCUCUUGUCAGUACCUUCGGGUAAGCUCGUCAUGCAUCAACUGAUUCAAGAUAUGGGUAGAGAGAUUGUUCGCCAGGAGUCAUUUGAGGAGCCAGGGAGGCGUAGUAGACUGUGGCGUCAUAGAGAAUCUUUAUACGUAUUGAAAAACAAAACUGGUACAGAAACAAUUGAAGGCAUCAUUCUAGACAGAAAUAUGCUUAAAGAUCACGGGAAAAUCAGGGUAACGUCUAGUGAAAUUUAUGGCAAAAAACGCAAGCUGGAAGAAUUUCUGAAUAAUUCUCAAAGAUGUCGACCGAAACAAAGUUGGAUGUCCAUUUUCUCAAGUCAUACCAUGGACGCCGUGGAAGUUCCAAAUGAAGAUUUGGUAACUGAUGCAUUCAUCCAAAUGCGCAAGCUAAGAUUUCUAUUGCUUAGCAACAUACAACUUUGUGGAUGUUACAAGAAAUUUCCCAAGAAGUUAAGAUGGUUGUCUUGGCAUUGCCUCCAGUUAGAAUCCCUACCAAGUGACAUUCCAUUGGAAAGCCUUGUCGCAUUAGAUCUUCGAUACAGCAGCUUAAAACAGCUUUGGAAAGAACCAAAGUUACUCAGAUGUCUAAAGUUUCUCAAUCUCAGCCACUCUUAUCAGCUUAGAAGAUCACCUGAUUUUUCACAACUUCCCAAUCUUGAACAAUUAAUCCUCGAAUACUGUACAAAUCUAACAGAGAUAGAUGACUCUAUCGGAUAUGUAGAGGGACUUACUCUGUUGAACCUUAAUGGUUGUACAAAGUUGAGGAGGAUUCCAGAAAGUGUUUGCAUGUUAAAGUUUCUGGAGACCCUUGAUAUUUCUGGUUGCUCUAAUCUUGAAUAUGCGGCCAUGGAUUUGCCAGGCGAGCUUUCUGACGGAAUCCAAACAAACCAAAUAAUAACUACCAAACAUGUCCGACCAUGGCAUACCAUCUUGUGGUCCUGGCUGAGGAAGGAGAAAAUAUGUUGUAGAAUUUCCCCAAUCAGUUUUCCAGCCUCACUAGUUACUUUGAGACUUUCUGACUGCAAUCUAGGUGAUAAUGCAUUUCUCCAUGUUGAUUUUAGCAUGCUCAACUUUCUGAAAGACUUGAAUUUGAGCCAAAAUCCAAUUUCCUGUCCCCCAGAGAGCAUCAUGCAUCUUAGCAGGCUUGAAAAGCUUUCACUAACUUCAUGUACAAGGCUAAAAUCAAUCAGUGAAAUUCCAAAUGGUGUCGACAUAGUGGAUGCAACUGAUUGUAUAUCCUUGGAGAGAGUAUGUGGCCUACCUAGUUCAUGUGGCGUACUUUACCUAAAUUGUGCUAAUCUGGUUCAGAUGGAUCCUUAUUUCAAGUUAGAACCUCUUGAAAAUGUUAAUGAAGAAAUUCUCAGAUUUUUGAAUCUGUCAAACUUGGAACUGAUUAGAAAUGUUGCUUUUAGAUUAAGAUUCGACAUUGAGAAAUUGCAUUCAAAUGCAAUGGGAUUUCCAAAAUUUGUCCAAAAUGAUAUGGAUAAAAUACAACGUCUCCCACCUAAGAGGCUUCCAGCUCAGGGAUUUUACUGCAACGGCAUCUUCUCCACAUUCUUGUUGAGUGAACACAUGCCAAGUUGGUUUAACACUAAGUUAAGUGUGCCUUUCCAUACAUCAUUUAGGGUGACUAAUCCUGAUAAUCAUCGAGUUCGUGGCUUAAGCUUUUGCUUGGUGUAUACAUGUUUGGAGAGUAAGAAAAUUGUAACUGAGGGAUUUUUACCGUGCAUUUCAAUCAAUAACUUGUCGCGAAGAAUGAAGUGGAGGCAAGAUCCUUUGUUCCUGGGUAUUCCUGAAGGUGAGGAGAGGAUGAUGUGGUUAAGUUAUUGGGAUAUUGGAGAUUCAUUGCAACCCGGUGAUAUUAUUGAGGUUUCAGCCAGUGUGGGAGAUGAUAAAAAACGUUUCAGUAUCAAGGAGGUUGGGAUGAGAACUAUAUUCCUGGAUGAACAACAAGACUGGAAUAAAGAAUCAGCUUUUGAAGUUGAAGAGUUUCCAAGGCCAUGUCAUCAGAAUUUGCUCCUUGUCAGAGUCUUCCCAAAAUGAUGCGAAAGGAUCUAUGGGUGUUGAUUAACGCCUAAGGAGUAGUCUUUGCGAUAAUUAAAACUUUCCAGUAUUUGUUUUUCUGCAUGUCAACAAACUUGAGGAGUGUUGUGGAGUUCAUAGAGAAAAAAUGACCUACUUUAGUUAAGGACUUGAAGGUUCCAAGGGGAAGUAUAAGGAGAUUUUGAACAAGUAUCCAGUUCAAACUUGCAUUUCCCAGAUGUAAUAGUACAUAGCAAUAGAGAAUCUAUUUGAUUAUUUUUUCAAUAGAAUCUAUCAGAUGUCAAAUAUCCUUAUUUUAGCAAUAGUAAUUUAUUUUACACCCUACUCUAAUCUAUGCUGCCAUCAAAUUCAUUUUGUCUUGUUACAUUACUGCCUGACGCAGACCUAUUCAACCAUAUCCGCGACAAUCUUAGCUAAAAUCUAGCAAAGUUGACAUUUAUUGCAGAUCGAACUUGAACAAUACCCAUCAGAGUGAAUCUGGAAAAGUCUCGAAAUGAUGUUCAGAACUUUAAAGAGUUUUAAUGGUGGCACUGUAAUAAUUACAAAUUAAAAUAGUUCUUUUACUCCGGAAUGUGUUCUUGGUGGAAUUGGAUCAGUUGUUGGCUCUCAAGCCUUGGAAAUUCAUUCAGAAUGCUGAUAUGUUGCCGUAGGACGAUAGAUUGGUCACUGAUGAAGUGUUGAAUAUGAGGGGAAACUCAAAAAGAAAUUCAGAGUUUCUUCUGAGAUUUACUGAAGCUAAGAGCGAUUGUUGUGAGACACAGUGAGAGUAUAGAGAGAGAUGGAUUUUCUGCAACAGCGAGGGAUCAGGUGAGCUCGUUCCAAUUGAGUCAUUGGGGUAGCAGCAGCUAGUGCAGGGAAAGCCAUUGAGUCAUCAUGCUGUUGACUGUCACAAAUAGUUAAGAUUCCUCACAGACUACUCAAAGAAAGGAGGAAAACACCCUCUUUUUGCUGCCGAACCAGAUUCGACUUCAGUUUAUAUGGCCUUUCAACUUCUGUCUAAGUGCUGAUCCAUUAUACACCAGUUGCCAUUGAGCUGAGAUAUCUUGCUGAUGAAAUGAACUGUUGUUACCAAUGACGACAAGAUGUUUGCACUUUCAAUUCUAUUGCAGAGACCACAAUGUGCUCGAGGCUGAAAAUCGUCAUACUAGGCAGUGAUUUAGGGAGUCUAUGCUCAGGAAUGAAGCUACAUGGUCCAAAGGGGAUUCUUCAAUGGAAUACCAUUUGUCUUAGAUUUAUACUGCCCUCAAGUACAAUAAAUCUUUUGCAUAUAAGUUCAUGGGAUGAUGCACUUGUUCAAAUACCUAUAUAUGUAAUGUUGAGCUUUCUGUUGAAGGGCCUCAUGGCUAUUAGUCCACUAUUUAAAGUAUGUGACAGGUGGCAUAUGAGUUUUCCAUUUCAUAGCUAUAUUGAGCAAUAUUCUCCAACUGAUUAAUGAUAGCAAGCCAUGUCUGCCUAUUAGUAUUCUGAUAGCGAGGCUUGUGAAGAAAGAAAAAAAAUAUUAAUGAAAUUCCUCUUCAUGAGACAGUGCACAUGUAGGCAGUCUGUCCGUUUCUCCUGGA